AUGGCUAGAAAUAGAUCUAAACGAUCCAAACCUCAUCAACAAGAACCUAUACAUACUUCAACUGCGACUAUAUUUCAGAACUUAAAAGAUGAAUUAGAAGAAGAACAAGAAGAAGAGCAACAACAACGACAACCAACUAAAAAAGAACAAUCUCAAGUUGCUUCUCAAUUUACAUCAAAAGAAGAUAUCGAAAAUGCAACAUUUCCAUUCAAUUAUAUUUAUCAAUUUCAAGACUUUCUUAAUGAAAGAAUGACAUUAUUAAAAGCUAUUCAAUUAGCAAUCAUGUUAUUUUAUACUCAAUUAUUAUAUUUACAUAAAGAUAAAAUUCCAGGUUUGUAUGAACGAAUUUCAGAAAUUUUCUUUAAUUGGUUAGGUAUCGUUUUCUGUCUAAUUUUAGAAAUUGUAAGAUCAAAAGAAGAUAAAAUAAACCCACCAGAUUUCAAUUAUUUUUAUAGUAUUUUAAUACCUACAUUUUUAAAUUUAUUACAUUAUGAUCCUCAAUGGUUUAUUGCUAAUUUAUCAUUAAAUUAUUUUAUUUUGGAUAGAUUGAACCCAAUAUUUAAUAUAAUUUCAAGUAUAAUGUUUUUUGAAAUUUAUAAACCUGAAAAUUCCAAUUUAUCAACUAUACAAUUUAUUCAAUUAUGUAUAUUUCAAUUAUUUUUUAAUUAUAUCAUAAAUUAUAUAAAUGAGGGAAAUAUUACAACAGAAGUGACUAAGAAGGAGGGAGAAUUGAUUGAAAAUUUAGAUUAUAAUAAAACAUUGAAAAAGUCUGAAAUUCAAUUAAUUUGCAUCUUAAUUGUCAAUUUAUUAUUUAAUCAAUCAUUAAUGGAUAAUUAUUUACCAAUUACCAUAUUUCAAAAAUUAUUCAUAUCUUUAGUUAUUUCAUCAAUAUUAUUAUAUCCAUUAUUUCAAAUUAUUCCACAAUUAAUUUCAAUUUUAUUAUUUGGUAGUAUUUUUUCAUAUUUAACCAUAUUUCAAUUAAAUCACAUACUUAAAGAAAAUGCAAUAAAAUGGUUAUAUGAAUAUAUUAUAUCUGAUGAUAAACGAUUAUAUAUAUUAAAAGUUUGGAUAGUCAUGGCUUCAAUUACAAUACCAAUUGUAUUUUAUUUUGUCGAAUUUUUUACUUUAAAUAUUAGGAGAAAGAUUUGGCAUUUAUUUAUUAUCGUAGCAUUAACAUUCAGUCCAUCAAUUUUGUAUUCUCAAAUUGAAUUCACAUUGAUUAGUUUAUUAGGUAUGUUGGCUAUAUUCCUUAUUAUUGAAGUAUUAAGAUAUAAUCAAAUUAGUUUUAUUGGGAAAUAUUUAUUCAACAAAUUGAUUAAAUUUCAAGAUUUUAAAGAUUUAAAAGGUCCUUUAAAUUUAUCAUAUAUUUAUUUAUUAGUCGGUGUUACUAUCCCUAUCAUUUAUGAUUUUAUGAUUAAUAAACAAAAUGUAACUAUAAUUAGAUAUGCUGGAUUAGUUACUUUAGGGGUGGGAGAUACAUUAGCACUGAUUAUUGGUAGAAGAUAUGGUUCUAUUAAGUGGAAAGGAAGUGACAAAUCAAUACAGGGUACUAUUGCAUUUAUAUCAAGUUCAUUAGUUGCAUUUUAUUUAAUUGAUGAAUAUUCAAAAUUUAAUAUUUAUUUACCAGUUUCAAAUUGGGAAAAUUUAUUCGUUACGGUUUUAUUAGCUGGUUUAUUAGAAGGAACAGCAGAUAUAAAUGAUAAUUAUCUAAUUCCAAUAUUCAUACCUAUUUCUUAUGAAAUAUUAAACAAAUGUUAUCCAUAG